CUCCAUUUAAAUUUUCACAUAGUAGUAAAAUAUAACGAAGUUUAUCUGCUUGGGAUAAUAAUCCUUUGCCGUCGUAUCAGCGUGCAUAUAUUGAAUUAUCCUAUUGUAUCUAAAUCUAAAUGGGAUUAAAUUGAGUUCUGUUAGCAUUGAAACUCAGUAGUCGCAAUCCGCAUCAAACGCGUGCGAUAUAUGUACUAUAUAUACACACGCUGCACAUCAAGCUUUUCGUACUCUACAAAGAUUAAUAUCUCUCUGUUUUUUUCUUUUUGGUUAAGUUUCUGAAAAAGCUUGAAGUAGCGAAGAUGGUGUCGCAGUCAAUAAUUCGCAAUGUCGUCGGGAUUAUCGCUGCUGAAUGGGAGAUUGAUUUGAGUUUGAUUUCGCUCAUGAAUCACCAUGAUAUGCCCUUUCUCCGUAACGGUUAUGGAUUGCCAACUUACAAGAGAAUCUGUAAGAAAAAGACCACUGAGGAGUUCCACCCUUGGCCAUAUCUAGCCACUACCAUGAACUGUAUAUUCUGGAUCUUCUACGGCAUACCAAUUGUCCACCCUGAUAGCACUCUUGUGGUAACAAUCAAUGGCGUCGGGCUUGGCCUGGAGAUAAUCUAUCUCACCAUUUUCUUCUACUACACCAACUCUAAGAACAGAAGGACUAUACUCCUCGUCCUUUUUGCGGAGAUUGUGCUGCUUGCUAUUAUUGCUGUCAUCACGCUCGUCUGCUUCCACACCCACAACGCAAGGUCCAUGUUCGUGGGGAUUGUCUGCAUCAUUUUCGGGACCCUCAUGUACUUCUCCCCUUUAUCCAUCAUGUGGACAGUUUGGAAAACAAAAAGUGCCGAGUUCUUGCCGUUUUGGCUCUGUUUUGCCGGUUUCUGUAACGGUGUCUGCUGGUUCUCUUAUGCCUUCCUCAAGAAAUUCGACCCGUACCUUGCUAUUACAAAUGGGCUUGGGGGGCUGUUUGGCUUAUUCCAGAUUAUUGUCUAUGCUUACUACACCUUAAGAGCGAAGAGUAACAAGGGGUCAUCAGUAGGAGAUGGUGCUAAGACAAGUGAUGAGCAGCUCAAGAAGAACUACAUGGCAUCACCAGCUUGAUCUUUUUCCCUUUUCUUAGAGGAAGUCAUUUUGCUAAGGAAUUUGCUAUUUCCAAGAGAUCAGCAUAUAAUAGUUUAGCAGUAAUUAGUAAAUAGAAUUGCUUCUCCUUUUUUUUUCCCUUUGCUUUUUCUUUUUUUUUUUCCUUUUUUUUAUGUUAACUUGAUUAGGUAUAUGCUGAAUUUUGGGACCUAUUUUCUUUAUGAAAGUUUAAUGAAAUUGUCUAUGAAGUUUCAUUAAUGUGUUUCAAUUUUCCGGUUUACUGUUUCUGAUCAGAUUUGGAAAUGUUUG